AUGGCUCAACUAUCCCCCGCCCAUUCAAGGGCAUCGCUCCCCAAGCAACUGGCCAAUUUCACCAAGUCCACAGCCGGCCUGGACUUGACCCUCCGCCUGCUCCAUAGCCUGGCCCUUAUCGGGACUGAAGUUGAUUUCGAUAGUGCCACUGCUAUGAGAUGCUCAGUUGCGGCAUCGCAGAUAGGGCUAGCGAGGCACUAUCUCCGCUUCUUCUCUUUUCUCGAUUGUUUCCAGAAUGUUCAAGACAUUCUUGCCGCAGGGUGUUCUGUUAGAAACAGGACAGCGAUGAUGGAGCUGGUCGAAUCCAGCUGUUUGGGGAUGUAUCUUGUUCUGGAGGGAACCACCAUGCUACAUGACAUGAAUAUUUUCUUGGUGUCGUGGUACACGCCCAUUCUGCUCGAAGCCUACAAGUUCUGGUUCUAUGCUAUCUGCAUAGCAAUUGCUAAAACCGUCUCGGAUCUCGUCUUUGGCCCGGCGGCGCCCAGCGCUCCAAACGGCUCCGUGGAUGAGAAAACGAAAGUGGAGGCAUCUGGUAACUCCUCACUCUCGAAACCGGCCCCAUUGGCUGUAUGUCUCUUGCACCGGCUUGUAAUUGACUGUUUGGACCUGACUAUUCCCGGGUAUUUACUGGGAUGGAUGCCCGUGAGCAAUAUGGGGGUUGCCAUCGCCAUGCUGGCAAGCACUAUACUUGUCUGGCCAACUGCCUGGGCGAAAGCGCAACAGUAG